AUGGCCCCAGAGAUGGUGUGUCAGCGGCAGUACGAUGCCCGUGUGGACCUCUGGUCAGUGGGGGUCAUUCUAUAUGAAGCCCUCUUUGGGCAGCCCCCCUUUGCCUCCAGAUCAUUCUCAGAGUUGGAAGAGAAGAUCCGUAGCAAGCAGGUUAUUGAGCUCCCCCUGCGGCCCCCACUCUCCCGUGACUGCCGGGACUUACUGCAGCGGCUCCUGGAGCGGGACCCCGACCACCGCAUCUCCUUCCAGGAUUUCUUUGCCCAUCCCUGGGUGGACCUGGAGCACAUGCCCAGUGGAGAGAGCUUGGCACGAGCGACCGCCCUGGUGGUGCAGGCUGUGACGAAAGACCAGGAUGGGGACGCGGCAGCUGCCUUAGCUCUCUACUGCCAGGCUCUGGAGUUCUUCGUGCCUGCCCUGCACUAUGAAGUGGAUGCCCAGCGGAAGGAGGCAAUUAAGGCAAAGGUGGGGCAGUACGUGUCCCGGGCUGAGGAGCUCAAGGCCAUAGUCUCCUCCUCCAACCAGGCCCUGCUGAGGCAGGGUGCCUCCACCCGAGACCUGCUCAGAGAGAUGGCCCGGGACAAGCCACCUCUCUUAGCUGCCCUGGAAGUGGCUUCAGCUGCCCUGACCAAGGAGGAAGAAGCUGGUGGGGAGCAGGAUGCCCUGGACUUGUACCAACACAGCCUGGGGCAGCUGCUGCUGCUGCUGGCAGCGGAGCCCCCAGGCCGGAGGCGGGAGCUGCUUCACGCUGAGGUUCAGAACCUCAUGGCACGAGCUGAGUACCUGAAGGAGCAGAUGAGGGAGUCUCGCUGGGAAGCAGAGACCCUGGACAAAGAGGGGCUGUCGGAGUCAGUUCGUAGCUCUUGUACCCUGCAGUGAUGCCAGAAAGGGGAUUGGACAGA